GCGAGCCAUUCCACGAUGCCACGCCGACUGUCCUUGUGCCCAGGCCCCACCGUGGCCCCCGUCCCUUUCGGAGACCUCCUGGAAGAGGUGGGCAGCACCGGGCUCUUCCAGCUCUUCUCCACCGUCCUGCUCUCCAUCCCAGUCUUGCUUCUCGCCAGCCACAACUUGGUGCAGAAUUUCAGUGCGGCCUCGCCGGAGCAUCGCUGCCACCUGGUCCAGCUCAACGCCUCUCGGAUCGGUCAAGACGCACAAUCCGAUAUUUGCCAAAGUUUUGUCAUAAGGCAGUCUUCUCCCGACGCCAAUGGAUCCACGCCAUGCCACAACGGAUGGGAGUAUGACCGCAGCGUCUUCACCUCCACCAUUGUGACCGAGUGGGACCUCGUGUGUCACCUACAAUCCCUCAAAAGCCUGGCACAGUCUCUCUUCAUGGCGGGUGUUUUGGUGGGCGCCUUCAUCCUCGGAGAUCUCUCAGAUAGGUUCGGCCGCCGCCUUAUCCUCAUCUGGUCCCUUCUGCUGGUAGCCGUCAUGGGCUGCGCGGCUGCUUUCUCCCAAAACUUCGCGGCCUACUGCGUCUUCCGGUUCCUGAGUGGAGUGGGCAUCUCGGGCUUCCUCCUGAACUACAUCUGCCUCAGUCUGGAGUGGGUUCCCACUAAACACAGGGCGACGGUGGUCUCUGCGCAGAGCUAUUGCAGUACGGCCGGCCAGUUGCUCCUCGCAGGGCUGGCGUACGGUAUCCGCAACUGGCGUUGGCUGCAGCUGGCGAUUUCUGCCCCAUUCUUCUGCUUCUUUGCCUAUUCCUGGUGGCUUCCAGAAUCAGCUCGGUGGCUCCUCAUGAACAACGAGCAUGAAGCGGCCUUGAGGAACCUCAAACUGGUGGCCAGGAUCAACGGGAAAGCAGCAGCUGGCAACAAGGUGGUCCUGGAGGUGGGUGAAAUUCAGCAAAUAAAUGUCGAAGCGCAUGUAUUCGUUGUGCAGAUUGGGUUCGCCAACAAACGACCUCUUUCUUCCCAGAUGCUGGAGACUCAAAGAGGGGGCAAAUCUCCGCACUCCUGCCUGGACCUUUUCCGCACACCGGGACUGAGACGCAUCAGUUGUUGCCUCAUGUUCGUCAGCUUCUCAAUGAACAUGUCCUACUUUGGCCUGGCCAUGGAGCUCUCCGUGUUCGGACUCAAUGUCUUCCUGGUUCAGCUCUUCUUUGGGGCCAUCGAUCUGGUGGCCAAGAUGGCUUGCGCCCUGAUGCUCACGUUCUUCGGCAGACGAACAAUCCAAGCCGUCUCCCUCAUUCUUGCCGGAACGUUCCUCUUGCUCAGCCUCCCAGUGCCUGCUGAAAUGUCAAUGGUGCGCCUUUCCUUUGUGGUGUUGGGAAAAGGAUGCCUCGCAUCUGCCUCCAUGUGCCUUUAUCUCUAUGGGGGAGAACUCUUCCCUACAGUCAUCAGGCAAACAGGCACCAGCUUCCUCACCGUAAUGGCGCGCCUGGGCGGGAUCGUGGCUCCGGUGGUGCUGAUGGCUGGUAGCUACCAGCCCUUCCUGCCUCUGUUGAUUUUUGGUGUCACUCCCAUCAUCUCCGGCGUUUGUGCGGGCUUCCUUCCCGAAAUGCUCAAUGUCCCACUCUUGGACACAGUGGAAGAAGUGGAGGAAAGAGCCAGACAGAAAUCCAAAGGACAGACGAGAAAGAUUGAAGUUCACAUCAUCAGCUCCACUCGCCUUUGAGUUUCAUUAAGAGGCAAAUCCAGAACUCUUUUGGGACAAAACCAGAUUGUGCUUCGCCUCCCUUUAUAAGGGACUUGACAAUCGGGAAAAGAGCCAAUAAAGACACUGAAAAAGUCCAGGAUUUUCUAUACCUUGGCUCGGUUCAAAAUGGUAAUUGCAAAGAAGAAAUCAGAAGAGAAAGAAAGCUUCGGAAGAAGGAGACAAGUGUCAAAAAUAUCACUGAAUAUUACAGUUAAAUAUUUCUAUGCCAGUGUAUUUCCCUUUUCUACAUACGAACAAUGAGGAAAGCUGGACAGUUGGAUUUUUUCCUUUGCAUUUUUUCCUAUGCUGCAUUUAUUGUUGAACAAUUUUUUUUAACAUUUAUUAUAUACUGUACAGUAGUUCUCAUCACAAACUAGCGUAACCAGACAAACACUCAAUGGUAUGUACAUUUACCAAUACUGUGUGCUCUGGUAGGCAGGCUUCCAAAUAAAAACUUUGCUAGGUCUUACUUU